AGUUAUGACAACUCACUGACGUGAAAGUUGUGGUGAUGGUGAUAUUUUUAUAAUAUGUCAAAGUUUUAUAUUUUCAAUCAAAAAUGUUUAGAAACAAUAUGUUUAUAGUGUUGUUGCUUCAAAUAAUCCUUAGUGUACAUAAUGGGCAUUGUACCCAUUUGAAAGGAACCUUUAAAACGAGUGACUUUUUUAAGUUUCUCAUAAAAUUCGGUUUCCAGAAGACAGACCAACACCAGUCGGAUUUAACUCAUGGAUAUAUCUUUGGAAAUGUUACUUCCAAACAGAAUUUCUCAGUUCCUAUUACAUUCGCAGUAUUGGACAGGCCUUACUUUUUAGAUUAUUACAAAAAUAGAAUAAUGUUAGAUAAAAAUGAGGCUUGCAAGAACAUGUUUGCAACUUUAAAUACUAGAGCAUAUGAUAGCAAAUGCAGCAACAACGGCAAGGACUACCUAAGGAGGAUUCCCUGUACAAAGAACAAGCUUUGUAUUGACGAAGAUAACCCAUGGAAUGUUGUUAAAAACCAUCAAUUUACGUACGUUAUACAGGAUUUCAAACAGCCUAGUUUUUGGUAUUUAUCAAUGGUCGCUUGUUACCACGAUAAAUCGUCCUGCGAAUGGCAUCAUUAUGACCCGAAAAUUCCACUAGAAAUCGAGUACGAUAUUUGGUUGGUAAACGGUAGUCCCAAUAGUUCUUCGACCAGCAUAUUGUCUUACCAAUUCUCCUUCGAUAGACAGAACACGCUAGAAUUGUAUUUGCUCUUUUGGCUGUGCUAUAUGGUCUUGGUACCGUUGCAAUGUCAUGCUGUUAAAACACAAAAACACCCUGUCACAAGAUUGUUUACUGCUAGUUUAGUUUUGGAUUUCAUUGCACUGUGUUUGAUUCUCGUGCAUACGUUGAAGUACGCAUUGGACGGUGAAGGGUACCCUAAGUUAGCGAUGACUGGUGAUAUUUUCGAUAUACUCUCGAGGACUUCUUUUAUGCUGUUGUUGCUCCUUUUGGCCAAAGGAUGGGCGGUUACUCGCCUCGAAUUAACAUGGAAGCCCCUCGUGUUCGCUAUAUGGCUUUGCUAUGGCAUCGUACAUGUGUUACUGUACGUUUGGAAUUUGACCGAAGUGGAUAUAAUAGAAGACAUCGACGAGUACCAAACGUGGCCGGGUUGGUUAAUAAUCGUCUUCAGAUCGUUGAUAAUGAUAUGGUUUUUGUACGAACUAAGAACAACCAUGCUGUACGAGCACAAUACGCAAAAAUUGAAUUUCCUCCUGCACUUCGGCGCCUCCAGUUUAGUGUGGUUCAUAUAUUUACCCAUAUUGGCGCUGAUAGCGCUCCACGUCAGCGCUUUGUGGAGAUUCAAACUGCUCCUGGGUAUAACUUACUCUGCGGAUUGUUUCGCGUACUGCGUGAUGGCGCACCUGCUGUGGCCGACGCGCUCCGAGCAGUACUUCCUGCUGAAGGGGCCGUCGUCGGCGGAACUGGACGAGCUGGACGAGUUCAACGAGGCGCCGCACAUCGUCAACAACUCGUACACGUCGAUGUCGAGCAUCAAUUCGUACGAGAUAUGCAAGUACGACGAUCCGCACAAGACGAAGUUGAUCAAUAUCAGUACGUGAGCACGCUCGGUACGCGGUGAGAUCUCGAUUUUGAUUAUUAUUUUCGUUGUUGUCGUUGUUGUUAGGUCAAUUUGCUCAGGAAACGAAAUUUCGCGGGUGGUUGUUUUGUCUGAGAGGUUUCGAGGCGAUUUUUUUUCGGAAACGGGGGUUUUGUUUUACACCGAUUGCACUAAAAUUUUCUGUUUUAUUAGAGUUCCUGUGAUAUUUUUGUUUUCGUGAAGGAAGUAAUGUGAUGUUACUUUCGUGUGUCUUUUUUUUUAUUGGAAUUAUUAUUUUUUCGAUGGGUGAAAUAUAAACAGUUAAUUUUUAUUAGAAUGUCUACGCCAUGUGUAUUCUGUGAUUUGACAUUCCGAGUUAAUGUCGAUGCGUUUGUAUUACUGUUGUUGUUUCCUUAAAAUAUUAAAGUAAGGUAAUUUUUAUAUAAUGUACGUAAAUAAGGAAAUCGCGAUAUGUGCCAAGUUGUGAGUAUUAAUUACAUUUUACUUUUCGACUCAAAAAGUUUAUACUAUUUCAAUGGCCAAAAAAAGUGAUAACAAUUUUUCUUUUCGAACUGAUUUAAUUAGGUGCAUGAACCCUUUAUAUUUUUCUUUAUAAAUUUGGCACAUUCAUGUAAUUUGAGAGUAGAUAUAGUAAUCGAAUCAUGCGUAAAUCGUUUUUAUUCAUUGUAUUUUUAGAGGUAAAGAAAGUGGAUUGCACAGUUUUUUAUAAAUAUUCUUUGCUCAAUUGAAAGACAACAAAUUUCACGUCCAUUUUGAAACUGCACGUUCAGAUUUUAUGUAUUAAUGUUAUAAAUUUUUAACGUAAAUUUGAAGCGUACUCGGUUAAAUAAAUAAUUUGCUUUAUUGAUUCCCGUCAUUUGGAAUAAGUCAUUGGAUUAAAUUCAUAAAAUUUUUAUUACAAAAAAACCGUUAAUCAAUUACGCUUUGACUGUUGGUUUUUAGAUUGUGUCUUAGAUGGUCAAUUUUAAAAUGCCACAUCGAGCAACUUAGUGUAAAAAAAUUAAUGUACAGAUAUAUUCUUAUAAAAACACAUUAUAAUUAAAUAGUGACGAGUUCUUGUUAUUACUCCUUCGAAUAUUAGCAGUAUAUUUGACCCUUCUGGGUUGGUUGGUAAAAGAAUCGAGUCCCUCUAGUGUUUUGAAUAUAUUUUUUAAUACACUUUUAUAAUUUACAACGAAAAUUAAAAAGAAAAAAAUCAAACUGAUAUACAUAUAAAAAAACAAAAAAAAAUCGAGACAAAUUGUGCUAAUUUUGAAUUGAGAUCACAUACAAAAAUAAAUCAACUAACAUAUUUAUAAAUAUACGAAAUAUAUGGUGCAUUACGUUAAAAUUUACAAUAAAAAAUGCACGAAAAUAAAUGCAAUUGUUAAUACAAUAUCACAAAGUUAUAAUUAUAUUAAUUAUAAAUUACAAUUUUUUUUACCAAAUUGGUUAUAUUUUCAUUUUUAUACAAAUCGCUCGCAUUUCUGUCCUCGUUUCGCAGAGAGUAAACGUAACAAAUUGGAAAAUAAUGUGAACCUAAUUUUUUAAACGGCCUCCCCAGAUACCCGAAGUAGCAUAGAUAUACAUUUUCCCUAGCAGUAAAUACGAAAUAACAUUAAAACGCACUCUUUUACAUAAAAUUGCGCCAGUAAUUUAUUCGCCACCGCGCUCGAAUACCCGAAAAACUCGUCUAACGCCAAAAAUUAGGUUCGUCAAUAAUGACAUUCGAUGUAUUACAAUGAUUAAAUGCUAUGUUGUCUAUCGAAAGCUUCUAGUUGAAAUCUAUUCAUUUUCUUUUUGUUAAUUAGACGCUCGAUUGAGCGCCACGUUAGAGCAAUUUUAAUAAUACAAUUAAAAAAAAAUCAUCGGCUAGAUAGCCCGAUCGCUUCGGUUUCCCUUUCACAAAAAGAUUUUCCACAUAUUUAGGGGAAAACCCUAACCGAACUGACUAUCGCACCUGACUCGUUUACGAUCAACACUCUGUAUCGAUUAGAAAAUCAAUCGUUCCAAUCACAAAGUAUUGGUCGUGCAUCAAUGGAAGUCCUUAGGCUAAGAAUAUAUAUACAGGGCGUUACGCAGUACAAGAUAUGGGACGAUAACUAGCGUACAAUACAAAUAAUUAGGCGGCGUAAAGGAGGCUAAUCGUUUUGAACCGACAGAAUGACUGUCGAUUUUACAAAUAUACAAAUUGAUAACGAAUUAAUUUUUUAUGCAGUACUAAAAAACCACUGGGGGGAUUGUGAUUGAUUCGUUUUUUGUCGAUUUAACAUAGAGAGGUAGAGUGAAUUAGAAUAGAACGACAUUACUUCGAGGCAGUUAAAAAUACCUACAAUAGCCGUAGGUUUUUCAAGUAUUCUGUACCCUUUCCCAUUUUUUUUUAGUUUUCGUAUAAAAUUUGUAUAAAUAUCAUUUCAGUCUUUAUUAUAUGUCUUGUCCAUUGAUUGGGAGAAUGCACUUAGAUAAUACACGUUUUUAAGUAGAUCAGAUACUUUUUUCCCUUGUAAUACUGAAUAAAUUAAACUGACUGUGCAACUAACAUGAAGGGAUGUCAAAUUUGUGGGCUAAAAUAAACGUCUUUUUGUAAAAAAAAAAUCAAGCAAAGUUGAUCAUAACCCAAAAAUAAUCCCUCACUUCGACUGCGCAACAUAGGAAUCACUAAAAAAAUAUUUCAAAUAUAUAAAUUAUGUAUAUAUUUAUAAAAGUAAAAUAAAUACCGCAUGUCAUUUAAGAAAAAACUUAUCGAAAAAAAUGUAGUAAAGUUUUGUCUCUUAUCUCACGCCAUCUAUCAUCUAUCUAGUACUUUUCAGCUCUCAAUUUUGUUUAAAAAAAGGUCGAAGAAACCGAUUAAUAGAUUUGGUACUUAUUUGAACUUUAUUUUAUAAUAAAAUGUCUUUUUUCUUCACGUUUUCCAAGUACAAAAGAAAUCUUCAAACGCAUUGAGCAAUCAAACACCAAAUACAUUCAUCGAAAACUCCAAAAUUACGAAAUUUUUUCAUCCUCAUAAUUCAUUUAAUAAUAAAAUUACCUAGCUAAUCUGUACAGAACAGCGCGGUUUCAACGAGAGAGAGAAAUACUUUUUCUUCUUGGUUUACGAAAAAAUCGACAUAUUUUUUUUUUGGUUUUGUUACUUAUUAAAAAAAGCGCUUACAAAUCUUCGUCUUACGUACAUUUUACGUCUGCUCCACGGUCGGUGUAAAAACGAUAUACAAAAUGUUCCGAUAAAUUUAAUUUAAAUAUUUACUUAUAGACGCGCGAAAAGUCCUUUCACUUCGCUCAGUUUCGUGCACGUCGAAUUACCUUCGAUUCAGUUCCGAUUUGAUUGCUGCAAAUACACAAAUAAUAAUUUAAAAUCGAUACAUUACAUCAACUUUCUUAGGAAAUAAAACUCUACACUGAUAUGUGGUUACUUACCGUCUAAAAUGUCCUGCUUCAUUUUGGCGAUUUCCUUCCUCAUCUCUUUGACUAUAUCGUUUUUGAGACUCUCCAUUUCGGUGGGACCGAUCGACAGCCCGCCUACUUCGGAUAGGCCGUUCACUUUCAAUAUCGUCUCCUCCGAAGCGGAGCCGAAACGUUUUCUCACCCCUUUCGGCGAUUCCGAAUUGAAUUUCGACGCGUUGCCCGGCAACGUGUUCGUCUUCUCCCAAAUCGCCGCUUUCUUAUCGUCCUCCUCUUUGUCCGGCACCUUUUUCUC